AUGGCGACCGACGCCAGCAAGGUGGCCGAUGGGCAGAUCUCCACUGAGGUCAGCGAGGCCCCUGUGGCCAGCGACAAGCCCAAAACCUUGGUGGUCAAGGUACAGAAGAAAGCCGGGGACCUCCCUGACCGGGACACAUGGAAGGGCCGCUUCGACUUCCUCAUGUCCUGUGUGGGCUACGCCAUCGGCCUGGGCAAUGUGUGGAGGUUCCCUUACCUCUGCGGGAAAAAUGGUGGUGGGGCCUUCCUGAUCCCAUAUUUCCUGACGCUCAUCUUUGCGGGUGUUCCUCUCUUUCUGCUGGAGUGCUCACUAGGCCAGUACACCUCCAUUGGGGGCCUGGGCGUGUGGAAGCUGGCUCCCAUGUUCAAGGGUGUGGGCCUCGCUGCGGCUGUGCUCUCCUUCUGGCUGAACAUCUACUACAUCGUCAUCAUCUCCUGGGCCAUCUAUUACCUGUACAACUCCUUCACCACGACCCUGCCAUGGAAACAGUGUGACAACCCCUGGAACACUGACCGCUGCUUCUCCAACUACAGCCUGGUCAAUACUACCAACAUGACCAGCGCUGUGGUGGAAUUCUGGGAGCGCAACAUGCACCAGAUGACGGAUGGGCUGGACAAGCCAGGGCAGAUCCGCUGGCCACUAGCCAUCACACUGGCCAUUGCCUGGGUGCUUGUGUAUUUCUGCAUCUGGAAGGGUGUUGGUUGGACUGGAAAGGUGGUCUACUUCUCUGCCACGUACCCCUACAUCAUGCUCAUCAUCCUGUUCUUCCGUGGAGUGACGUUGCCUGGAGCCAAGGAGGGGAUCCUCUUCUACAUCACACCCAACUUCCGCAAGUUGUCAGAUUCUGAGGUGUGGCUAGAUGCAGCCACCCAGAUCUUCUUCUCCUACGGGCUGGGCCUGGGGUCCCUGAUUGCUCUUGGAAGCUACAACUCUUUCCACAACAAUGUGUACAGGGACUCCAUCAUCGUUUGCUGCAUCAAUUCCUGCACCAGCAUGUUCGCUGGUUUCGUCAUCUUCUCCAUCGUGGGCUUCAUGGCUCAUGUCACCAAGAGAUCCAUCGCUGAUGUGGCCGCCUCAGGCCCUGGGUUGGCAUUUUUGGCAUACCCUGAGGCUGUGACACAGCUGCCCAUCUCUCCCCUCUGGGCCAUCCUCUUCUUCUCCAUGCUGCUGAUGCUGGGCAUCGACAGCCAGUUCUGUACCGUGGAGGGCUUCAUCACUGCCCUGGUGGACGAGUACCCCAGGCUCCUCCGCAAUCGCCGUGAACUCUUCAUUGCUGCUGUGUGCAUCGUGUCCUACCUGAUCGGCCUCUCUAACAUCACCCAGGGGGGCAUUUAUGUCUUCAAACUUUUUGAUUAUUACUCUGCCAGUGGCAUGAGCCUGCUGUUCCUGGUUUUCUUUGAGUGUGUCUCCAUUUCCUGGUUUUAUGGUGUCAACCGUUUCUAUGACAACAUCCAGGAGAUGGUUGGCUCCAGGCCCUGCAUCUGGUGGAAGCUAUGCUGGUCCUUUUUCACACCCAUCAUUGUGGCGGGCGUGUUUCUCUUCAGCGCUGUGCAGAUGACACCACUUACCAUGGGAAGCUACGUUUUCCCCAAAUGGGGCCAGGGCGUGGGCUGGCUCAUGGCCCUUUCCUCCAUGGUGCUCAUCCCCGGGUACAUGGCUUACAUGUUCCUCACCCUUAAGGGCUCUCUGAAGCAGCGCCUCCAGGUCAUGAUUCAGCCCAGUGAAGAUAUCGUGCGCCCUGAGAACGGCCCUGAGCAGCCGCAGGCUGGCAGCUCGACCAGCAAGGAGGCCUACAUCUAG